UCACACUGUCUUCUGAUUUCGUCGGCUCAUUCAGCGUGUUUCGUUUAUCUUGCUUUAAUUUACUCAAAGAAACAAAUAGUUAACUAAAUACGAGUCACAAUGGCUUCGAUUAGCUUGCUGAACCCUAAGGCCGAGUUCGCCCGCGCCGCCCAAGCCCUGGCCAUCAAUAUCAGUGCCGCCAAGGGACUGCAGGAUGUGAUGCGCACCAAUUUGGGCCCCAAGGGAACCGUCAAGAUGCUGGUCUCUGGCGCCGGCGACAUUAAGAUCACCAAGGAUGGCAACGUGCUGCUCCAUGAGAUGCAGAUUCAGCAUCCCACUGCCUCGAUGAUUGCCAGGGCCAGCACUGCCCAGGAUGAUUCCACCGGAGAUGGUACCACCACCACCGUGAUGCUGAUCGGUGAGUUGCUAAAGCAGGCCGACAUCUAUCUGUCGGAGGGUCUGCAUCCACGCAUCAUGACCGAGGGCUUCGAGAAGGCACGCGACAAGGCAUUGGAAGUGCUUGAGAAGGUCAAGGUGCCCGUGGAGAUCAGCAAGAAGAGUCUUGUGGAGAUUGCCAAUACCAGUUUGAAGACCAAGGUGCAUCCGGCACUGGCCGAUCUCCUCACCGAGGUCUGUGUGGACGCCGUCCUGACCAUUGCCAGCAGUGAUAAAAACAAGCCGGUGGAUCUUCAUAUGGUCGAGCUGAUGGAGAUGCAGCACAAGACCGACACCGAUACCCAGCUGGUGCGCGGUCUGGUCAUGGAUCAUGGCGCUCGUCAUCCCGAUAUGCCCAAGCGCCUGGAGAACGCCUACAUCCUGACGGCCAACGUGUCGCUGGAGUACGAGAAGGCCGAGGUUAACUCUGGCUUCUUCUACAAGACCGCCGAGGAGCGUGAGGCCUUUGUGCGCGCCGAGCGUGACUUUAUCGACCAGCGCGUAAAGAAGGUGAUUGAUCUGAAGCGCUCCGUGUGCGACGGCACCGACAAGACCUUUGUGCUCAUCAACCAGAAGGGCAUCGAUCCCAUCUCGCUGGAUGCUCUGGCCAAGGAGGGCAUCCUGGCUCUGCGUCGUGCCAAGCGCCGCAACAUGGAGCGCCUGGCCCUGGCCUGUGGCGGAACUGCCAUGAAUUCGUUCGAUGAUCUGCAGGAAGAGAAUCUGGGCUACGCCGGUGUGGUGUAUGAGCAUGUGCUGGGCGAGAACAAGUACACGUUCGUCGAGGACUGCAAGAACCCCCUGUCGGUGACAAUCCUGAUUAAGGGUCCCAAUAAGCACACCAUCACCCAGAUCAAGGAUGCCAUCAGGGAUGGUCUGCGGGCCAUUAAUAACACCAUUGCGGAUAAGGCUUUGGUGCCUGGCGCCGGUGCCUUUGAGGUGCGUGCCUACAAUGAGCUGGUUGCCUUCAAGGAAACCAUUAAGGGCAAGUCUCGCCUGGCCGUGCAGGCCUUUGCCGAUGCCCUGCUCGUCAUACCCAAGACGCUGGCCGUCAACAGUGGCUACGAUGCCCAGGACACCAUCGUUAAGCUGACCGUGGAGGAUCGCCUGAAUCCGGAUCUCGUCGGCCUCGAUAUUGCCACCGGUGAGCCCAUGAAGCCGGUGGAUUUGGGCGUCUACGACAACUAUAUUGUGAAGAAACAGAUCCUCAACUCGUGCUCGAUCAUUGCCAGCAACCUGCUGCUCGUCGACGAGGUGAUGCGUGCGGGCAUGACCAGCCUCAAGGGCUAGUAGUCUUGGUCGCCUUAAACUCUCACGUUAACCAAGUUAAUGCACCGCCUGCUACUCAACCCGCGUCGUCAAACCAACCGAAACAAGCAUCAACAUCGCCCGAAACUGUUGCGGUUGCGCAAGUAUUCACAAAAAAGAGAAGAAAACUAAAAGAAAAAAACAAAUCGAAACAAAAUCACCUAACAUACACACAGCAAAACAUAUACUUUAUAACGCUAAUAUAUUUUCUCGUAUUUUUUUCAUUACAACUAAUGUUUACUUACUCCAAAAACCAACCAUUGGUUUAAAAAAAUAAAAACUACCAUUGAAACUUA